AUUUAGCUGGGGCUACAUGCAGCAUUUAUGUUGCGUCUCUGCUCUCUCCCUCCCCUGUUUGGAGCUGCUGUAGGUGGGCAGGAACGCUGGGUAGAGAGGAAGCUUUGGCAGCUUUCUCUCUGCAGGGCCCCCUCCUCCUCCCCCUCUGCCUGCCUGCCUGUCCGGGCAUGGCUGGCAGACCCACAACGCCACUGUGUGUUUUGGGGUUUUCUGCUGCACAAUCGCAGAUCUGGACGGCUCAACCCAAAGGCAAACCGUCCCCCACAGCGGUUUAUAGAGACCGGCGUACACUUCUGUUUCCGACGUUGGGUUCGCUGAGAUUCAGAGUCGGCAGCGUGUCUCUCCCUUGCGCCUAUUCUUGGUGACCCCCAGUGACAUGAUGCCCAAGAGGGAUCAUGAGAGGGACCUGGAGCUGGACAAGAAAAUCCAGGCUCUACGCAGGAAGAACGAGGCCCUCAUGAGAAGGUACAAGGAGGUGGAGGAGGAUAAGAAAAUGGCAGAAGAGGAAGGAAUGGUUCUGCAGAGCCGCAAGGGCAAAGCUGAUGAUCUUACCAUCACCAUCAGCAAGUCCACCACUCAGGAUAAUCGUGUGGUGGUGACAAAACAAUUCAGCGAUGGUUCGCCAGCUGGGAAAGAACCACAGGAGUCCGGGCCUGACAGGGAGGGAGAAGCUCCACCGCAGGCUGCUGGCCAAGGCCACAGGAAGCAGAUUAUGGUCACCAUGGCUGGCAAAAAGGGUAAGAGGGUGGUGAGCGAGAGGCCAGAGAAGAGGCCAGGCCCUGAGGACGCCAAGAGCCCCACAGAUGAUGGACAGGCGAGGCGCGUGGUAUCAGCGGGGAGGGGGAAGCAGCCACCUCACAUGACCAAGAGAGAGGCAGCAGCACAGGAUGAUGUUAAACAAUGGCAGAAGCACACUGAGGAGCAUCCCAGGCUUUCAGAGCAAUGCCAGGAGCCUGAGAGCCCACAGGUCUGCACAGAUCUCAAUAUCCCCACAUCGAAAGAGGAGCAGGAGGAGUAUCUGCAGUGGAAGAAAGAGCGCGAGCAGAUCGACAGGGAGAGAGUCGCACGCCACAAAAACGCCAAAGGCCAGUGGAGACGGGCGUGGGACAUGGACAAAACUGAGAGCAUGUUUACAGGCAAAACCCUUCCUGACAGGGACUGGGGGCCUUCAAGCAGAGGGGGACGAAAUGCUAGAAGAGGACAAUCAAGGGCAGGUGCUGACUCAAGAGGUCAUGAUAAGAGGGGCAAAGAUAAGGGAGCCAAGAAUGUGCCAGCGAUGAGCAGCAAAGCAAAAGGAAUCGAUCGCCUGACUGGGAGAGCUCGGAGAUGGCAGGGAAAUGAAGAAGAGAACUCACAGACUCCUGACACAACGUUAGAGGAAUUCCUGGAGGAGCUUGACGCGCUAACAGAUGCCGAAGUAGAAGAUCAAAAGGAUCAGGAGUCAAAAUUGAAACUGUCCCUUAGCACAGAUUCAAUGAGUACAUCUGAGAAAGUGUCAGCUGCAAUCCUGAGAGAAGACACCCCCACUCAGGGGAAGGCAGAGGUGUCGUCCCCUCGGGGUUUGGAGAAGAAAGUGCGCUUUUCAGAUGCGCUCAUCCCGGCGGCUCAUACAAGGCAAUCAGGCUCUCAGGACUCUGUUGGCUCAGAAUCAAGAAGUCUGGGCUCUUUAAAAGCUUCCUCGCCUAAAAAACAGAAACAUAAAGUGCAAGGGCCUCAGCAGCCUCUUGAAAGUGCCAAGCAGGAUGAUGGCAGUCCUCAGCAUCAGGAAGGUGGUCCGUCUUCUGUUCCCCAGCAGAACGCCCCUGAAACUAAAUGUACAAAAAGAGACACCACUCUCCCCACAGCUACCAGCGCCCCCUCCCCUGAAAAAUCGUGUGCCUCUUUACAGGAGAGCUGUGUCCAGCCUGUAGAGCUUGCCAAGGGCAACAUAAGCAACACAAACACAGAGGAACGUAUAGACUCCAGUCUAUCUGUCCUGAGCCUGGAGUCAGGAGAAACACACCCAACACACUCCACCAGCAGCGACAAGGCAAGAGAGCAUGGGAAGAUUGUUUGAUCGCCAUCUUUCGGUAUGUAAAUACUGAAACCAAAUCACCAGGAACACAGAGCGUUGCCUCUUUUUGUUUGGAUGCAUCAUUUUGCUUGAAACAGCUAUUUUAAGAACUCCUGGUUAUGACUUACUCUUAAAAACCAUGGUCUAGUUUUGCUUCGUAGGAGUUUUUAAAAACCUUAAAAAUUUGACAUAGGAAUGGUGAACAUUUUCCCUGCUUACAUUUUGAAGUCCCAGCACUUUAUUAGUAUAAGAGUAUGUGUACUGACACACUAUUAGAAUGAUGGUAUGCUACUUGAGUGCAAUAUCAUUGAAUGUUUACAUUUCAAGGUACAUAUCAGUUAGCUAGCGUCUUUGGUAGCCCUUGAAUUAAACUUCAGCCACAGUCUAAUGAUGAAGAAGCUGAUCUGCCUUAGAGGUAUUUGCGAAAUGAAAUGAAGUCUGUAUUUUAUGAUGGUACAUUAGUGACAGACCUAUAACAGAGUCUGUAUUCUCUAAAGGUGAGUAGAUAUUAUUUGGGAGCUGCUUCCAGGAACAGUCGAAGGCCUUUCAAAAGUCAUAAAUCAAAACCUGAUUAUUAUGCACAUUUGAGACGUUUUGUACUUACGCCCUAUGUGGAGGAGUUUUUUUUUUGUUUUUUUUAAGUUUUUCGUGUGGCAAAAAUGUAUUUGUUUGUAAAAACAUUUAAGCCAGAACAAAAAAAUUUAUCAAAUGUUGCUCAUAGUGUUUUUGAACAACCUGUGUUUUAAGUUUAUAAUAGUCUCCAACCUUUUUCUCUGUUGAGGCUUUUGGCCCCUGUGGGGCCGACACACGUGGCAGGUUGAAAACAAGUCAUCCACAUCCAUGAGGCCAAGCCUUUAGUUCACAUUCAAAACAAUAAAUAAUUAUAAACAACAUGUUUUUUAAAAGCUUCCUCACUUAGAAUAGAAAGUGGUUGUGCCUUGCAUAUUGUCUUUUUCAAAUACUGAAUAUGUUUAUGCCAUGGUUUGUAUCAUAACACACAGUAGUGUUGAAUGUACUGUACUAACAGUGCAGCGUCAGUAUUGAUUUGUAUUUAUUUGCCUCUCCAUUUGGAGAAAAGAAUGUUUAGAAUGAUUUAGCAAAUCUAACAUGUGCAUUAUAGCAGCUGUUUUAUUCUGUGACAUGCACCGAUUUAUUUGUAUUUAUUGCCAAUCAAUUAUUUUGAUUCUUGGUAUCAAGUGACUACUGCAUUAAGAAGCCUUAUAAGAACUCAUCGAAUAAGUUUUUGUCAAUGCUACUGCAUAGUAAACAGUUCUGUAACCGUAAGUAGAGAGCAUUAGUGAACAUGCUCUGAGCUGCAGGGCAACAUCAGAUUUGACUCUGGAUACAUAAAAUCCAAACCAUCAGCAAUCUAAAGGAGAACAUCAAGAUAUUUAAUGUGUUUGAAGAGGCCUUAUACUAAAUUAUGGAAUGGCAUUUCAUACAGAUUACCUCUGAAGUAUUUAAAUACCCCAUGGGAUUCAAUUUAAUGAAAUGAAUCUAUGACCUACAACCGUUGAGCAUUUGAACAUUUGUCCUUGUUCAGCUAUUAAGACAUCUGCAUAAUCACUUUGCUUAAAUGUCAAAUCUAAGAGGUGCCUGUGGUCGUUUUUUGCCCCCUGGGUGUCUGUUGCUCACCUUCAUGUUUUUACAUGCACUUCCAAGGAAGAAUUAUUACUCAGUGCCUGUGUACGACUGUGUCAAAAUUUGAUCCUAACUUUACAAUUUCAGAGUGCUGAUUUUGUUUGAUAUCUGUUGGCAAAGUAUAGCUUCGUAUAGAGUAGGACAUUUUAGAAGAAGGCAUACAGAUCAUCAAUAAAGUUUUUCUGUGUUUCAAACUC